AUGAUUAACUUAUUAGCUAUCAUUGUCACAUUGGUUCAAACUCAACAAGAUUUGAUAGAUAUCCUCAAUGCGGGAGAGAAUAUAAAUAUAAAUACCAAUAUGAAUAUAGCCCAAGCUGCUCAAGCUGCCCCUAAUAAUAACUACAUACCAAAAAUUAGUAUUAGGAUUCCAG